AUCACUGAUCGUUGAUGUUGCUGGAAUUCCUAUGUGUAGGGGACGUUAGCAUCCUUGUAACAUCCAAUUAAAUAUUUAGGAAUGAAGAAGUUGGUUGCUUCAAUCAAUCAUCGUAGUGAACGUUUUCAAACUUCAAUUUCGUAUAUAAUAAUAUUGGUUUUAGCUAUCAGUAGUGUUUGCAUCGUGUGCGAUCUUUUCAACUUGCGGGAUGAAGUUGGCCGACACAACAACAAAGUUCCACUGGACCUUGAUCAUGUCCACGAGAUCUUGUUAUCAAGUGGCAGUGAGGAGACACGAGAAAGGCAAGAUAAUUGUAGAUUAUGGGAUUGCGUGAAUUUGUAUCGAUGCGGGCAAAUGGGACAUGACCGACUCACCGUAUAUGUAUAUCCUCUUCAGGAAUAUAUCGAUGAGACAAGCCGGAAGACAAUUUCAAUUCUUACACGCGAAUAUUACCAAAUUCUUGAGGCGGUUGUAAGCAGCCGAUACUAUACACCCAAUCCAAAUGAGGCGUGUUUGUUCCUUCCAAGCAUUGAUACCUUGAAUGGGAACUUGGUUGAACCGAGUGCAGUUGAACGAGCAUUAGCGAUGCAAAAUCAUUGGGAUAAUGGAGAGAAUCACAUUAUAUUCAAUAUGAUACCACGAGUUGACUUAAGUGUUCUGAAAACCGAUCGUGCCAUAGUUCUUGGAGGUGGAUUUGAUUCAUGGUCUUAUAGAACAGGAUUUGAUUUAGCAAUACCAAUUUUUAGUCCAUCACAACAAAAAGUAGCUGAUUUGUCAGCUAAAUCGACACAUUUGCCUCGAAAAAACAUACUGGUAAUAGUUUUGCCAAACGUGUAUCAAAAGUACCACAGAAAUUUACAGAUUUUAGUUGACGAUAACCCGAACGAUGUUCUAAUCGUUGACAAAUGUAUUGCACAAGAAACAGAAUUCUCUAAAGAUACAAUACGAUGUAAUAACAGUCGUGGUAAAUCUUUCGAAUAUCCACGGGUUUACGAAAAAGGAACUUUCUGUUUAUAUUCGCAUAGUGGAAACGUAGAAAAAUCGGAUUUAAUAGAAAUACUAGCCUAUAAUUGCAUUCCAUUAAUUGGUGUAGAUAAUUUUGUGCUGCCUUUUGAGGAUGUACUUGAUUGGUCGUUAUUUUCAAUAAGAAUCCGUGAGGCGGAAAUACAUUCCAUAGUAAAAAAGUUGCGUAAAGUAUCGCACACCAAAAUUUUCGAAUUACAACGGCAAGGGCGCUGGGUAUAUAAUCGAUAUUUUAAAAAUUUGAAUGCUAUAACGCUUACUGCAUUGGAGAUUUUGGAAAACCGAAUAUUUCCACAUCGUGCUCGGAGCAUAAUGGACUGGAAUAAACCGGAUGAUAAUUAUCGUAGCACUUUCAAUCCCCUCUUUUUACCAGUAAUUUCGCCCAAGGCGCAAGGAUUUACUGCUGUGAUACUUACCUAUGACCGGGUUGAAAGUCUGUUCACAUUGAUACAAAAGUUAGCGAUGGUGCCAUCACUUCAAAGCAUUCUAGUUAUUUGGAAUAAUCAAAAUAAGAUGCCCCCACAUUUGUCUGCAUUUCCAACAAUUUCGAAACCACUAAAAGUCAUUCAAACGCGAGCAAACAAGCUUUCAAAUCGUUUCUAUCCAUAUAAUGAAAUUGAAACAGAAGCUAUUCUCACAAUUGAUGACGAUAUUAACAUGCUAACUACAGAUGAAUUGGAUUUUGGGUACGAAGUUUGGCGAGAGUUUCCAGACCGAAUAGUAGGAUUUCCCAGUCGCAUUCAUGUAUGGGAUAAUGUAUCUAUGCAUUGGCGUUAUGAGUCCGAGUGGACUAACCAGAUAUCAAUGGUCCUUACUGGAGCCGCUUUUCAUCAUAAAUUUUGGAGCCAUAUGUACACCUAUGCAAUGCCUGGAGAUAUCAAAGACUGGGUGGAUCAACAUAUGAAUUGUGAGGAUAUCGCUAUGAAUUUUCUUGUUGCCAACAUUACAAAUAAGCCACCUAUAAAAGUAACGCCUCGUAAGAAAUUCAAAUGUCCUGAAUGUACAAAUACAGAAAUGCUUUCGGCCGAUUUGAAUCAUAUGCGCGAAAGAUCGGCUUGCAUUGACAGGUUUGCUAGUAUUUAUGGACGCGUGCCCCUGCGUAGCGUAGAAUUUCGAGCAGAUCCUGUACUCUUCAGAGAUAAUUUCCCCGAAAAAUUGAAACGUUUCAAUGAUGUUGGAAAUUUGUAAUCCAUACUCGUUUAUGACAACAAAAAGAAUGUUUUGUGCAUCGAUUAAUAUAAUUUUUACUAAUAUUUUAUAAACCAAUUCUGAUUGCCAUAUAAUUAUGUAAUACUAAUAUGAAUCCCUAAAAGUUUAUUUUUACUGUACAUUUUUAAUAU